CACACAUAUAUAUAGAGAGAGAUUAGAGAGACACAGAACCACAGGCAGAAGCCAUAGCAUUUUACUACUAACGUCUGUUAAACCCUAAUCAUCUGCUGUGCCUUCUCUGUAUUUCCUUAGCUAGAGCUUUUUGUCUCACUCUUUGAGGGUGUGGGUGAAUUUUUGACUUUGCUGAUUCUUGUCUGCUUUUUGGCACUGUUCAUUCAUUAAUCGCCAGACAUUCCCAUCUCCACUCUUCGUAUCUGAUUCUUCCGCAGAAUUAAAAAGAAACAAUUACGCAUUAUUAAUUUGUUCGUGAACGAAACAGUGGGUUUCAUACAUGAAAUCGUCCAUAAAAUGUUAGACGAUUCCCGCAGGAACUCGGAGGAGCUUGUUUCUGAAGGAUUUUCUUCCAGCAAAAUCAGUUCAAUGAGCAGCGACACAACUCUCAGCCAUUGCACCAGCUUCAGCCGGUUGUCGUUCGAGCUGCCGACGAGCUCGCCGGAGCAGCAGGCUGCGCUGAAGCCGCACCGGUCAUCGGACUCCUCGUUCCAAGCUAUUCGUUUCAAAACGAACUUAAGCUUCCGAGACUUUAGCUUGGUGCGGCAGAUCGGGAGCGGUGAUAUCGGCAGAGUUUACCUCUGCCGGCUCCGCGGCCCGGUGGAUGAGGGGCGACUCUACGCCAUGAAGGUGGUGGAUAAUGAGGUGUUGGCUAUGAAGAAAAAGACUCAGAGAGCGGAGACUGAGAGGAAAAUCAUGAAGCUGUUAGAUCAUCCGUUUUUGCCUACACUUUUUGCGGAAUUUGAGGCAUCGAAUUUCUCUUGUGUGGUCAUGGAGUACUGUUCCGGUGGCGAUUUGCAUUCUCUUAGAUAUAGACAGCCGCAGAAACGCUUCUCUCUCAGCUCGGCUAGGUUUUAUGCAGCAGAGGUUUUAGUAGCAUUAGAGUACCUCCACAUGUUGGGAAUAAUCUACAGGGAUUUAAAGCCUGAAAACGUGCUGGUUAGAUCCGACGGUCACAUCAUGCUCACCGACUUUGAUCUCUCCCUUUGCUCCGACGCAAUCCCAGCCGUCGAAUCUCCUGCAUUUUCUCCUGACCCGUUAUCCUCACCAAAGGCAGUCCAUGGCUCCGGCUCGCUGACCCCAUUCUCCUGUAUCUCCACCCGGUUAUUCCGGUCGAAGAAAAUUCAAACACUCGCUGCGAACCGGCUGUUCGUGGCUGAGCCCAUCGCAGCCAGGUCAUGUUCCUUUGUUGGGACCCACGAGUACGUGGCGCCUGAGGUGGCUUCCGGCGGGUCCCACGGCAACGCCGUUGAUUGGUGGGCGCUUGGCAUCUUUAUGUACGAGAUGAUUUAUGGUAGGACACCCUUUGCUGGGGAGACCAACCAAGCUACACUGCGUAACAUCGCGAAAAAACCGCUGGCCUUCCCCAACGAAACCCCCUGCGGUGCGAGUGAAAUGCACGCUCGGGACUUGAUCUCCGGGUUGCUGAACAAGGAUCCGAACAGGAGGCUCGGGUCGAAGCGCGGGGCGGCCGAUGUAAAAACCCACCCAUUUUUCAAGGGGUUGAACUUCGCAUUAAUUCGAUCGGCAACACCGCCGUAUGUGCCGGGUAGCCAGACAAAGAAGACGGCUGCGUUGCGUCAUGGAACAGCCCCGUUUGGUGUUUUCUGACAAGUUUAGGUUAGGAGGAUGUAAUUAAAUUAACAUAGUAUUAUUUUUUGUACUAUGUAUUAGGUGGGAAAGAAAGAAAAGAUAUAAAUAGACAACGUAAAGUGGUGGGAUGCGGCGAUAUAACGGCUUUCACAUAAUUAUUGUGUCAUAAUGAGUUGAAUUCCCUGUUUAUAUUAUAGGACGACCAAAGUAUUUGAAUCCACACAAGAAGAUUUCUCCAAUUGGUCUUCUUGUGGACAAGAGAAAAACGUCAAUGUAAAUACAGGAGCCGGAGAAAAUUAAAAAAA